GUUGACAUCGACACCGCGAACACCGUUGGGGUGCAUGUCCAUCAGCCAGGACGACACCAGACACCAUGGCCCUGCGCGAGCUGCCAUACCGGACGGCGACUGCCUUGUGCAGAGAUGCCAGGCCCACUGUAUCCGCGAUCCAGCCACUGUUCCGCCGCAAUGCCUCGACAGACGCCGCCCCAGAGGUCGAGUCGACAUCGUUCCUGGAUGCACCAGCAAAGCCGGAGGAGGCCGUCAAGGACUUCGAUCCCAUAGCACGCAGCAGGGCGAGGAGAAGAGGCAAGAAGCAGCUGCCGCCUAGCAGAUACCAGUACCGCGAACCCAAGUACUACCGCGGUCCUCUCCAUCCCCACCAGCCUCUCCCCGUCUCAGAUCCUGCAUCGCGACGCUUCCAGCCCGGCCCCUUCGGCCUGCCUCGCCUCGAUCAAACGUACCAAAGCACUAUCGCUCAGGACAUCCUCGCCAUGACCUACCAGCACUACCCUCCUGGCUACCGGGCGCCCAAAGUCGAACAGAGACUGCGAGAAUGGCAGGGUGAGUCGCCGUACUACAAGGGUCGGCCGCUGCGAGGGCCGCGAGGAAAGGGUGAAGUGCUGCGUCUGCUGCAAGAGCCGCGCACCUUCCGCAACAUCCCCAAGAUCACCAAGGUCGUCGUCCACUCCAUGGUCCCGGAGGCAAUGCAGGACAGCGCGAACAUGCACGUUGCUGGUAUGAUCCUACAGGCUAUCACCAACGUGCGCGUCGAAUCACACAAGGCGAAACACAAUGUGGUUGGGUGGGGUUUACGUGAGGGCCGAUAUGUCUCCGUCACGGCUACGCUCGAGCGAGAAGACGCGUCCCACUUCCUCGAGAAGCUCAUCGACGUCGUCCUGCCCAGAAUCAAGGAAUGGAAGGGAGUACCGGGCUCGUCAGGAGACGGCCAUGGCAACAUCAGCUUCGGUCUUACACCCGAUCAGCUUGCCCUUUUCCCGGAGAUUGAGGUCAACUACGACGCAUACCCACCAAAGAUGAUCCCCGGUUGCCACAUCACCAUCAUCACUGAUGCCACAAGCAACAAGGACGCACGUCUGCUGACACAGGCGAUUGGCCUGCCAUUCUACGGCAAGCUCAACGACUAGCGGAGAACAUUUAGCAUACUGUGUAAAAAAAACUUUGUAACAUCUGUAAGACUUCAGUGGGCUGGUUGCAGAUGUGUGUGCAUCG